UGCCUGUGGCCAUCUCCCUCCUCCCAAGGCCACUCACUGGGCCUCGGGGAUGGCACCCGGCUCUGCUCCUCUCCCCGUGCUGGGUGCUCCCUCUCCCCACCUUCAACUGACCGCUCCAUCCCAAAGCCAACAGUAGCCCCCACCUCCAUCUGGCUGGUACCGGAGAAGACCCACGCUGCCCUGGUAACAAGGUUGUGUCCAAUAGAAGAAUGAUAACUUCAGAAAGAGGAGUUCGGGCUAAGGAUGUCGGAGCGUCCCUCAGUGAACUCAUGGUGUGUGCAUUGUCCCCUGGCCUGCCUCUGAGACACAGAGGAACACCAAACCUGGUUCUCCAAGUAUAAUACUGACAGCUGGGCAGCUAUGGAUCAGGACAAUGGCACCGUCCAGGUCUUGGCCUUGCCACCCACCACCUGCGUGUACCAGGAGAACUUCAAGAAGUUGCUGCUGCCCCCGGUGUACUCUGUGGUGCUGGUGGCCGGCCUGCCCCUGAACAUCUGCGUCAUUGCCCAGAUCUGUGCCUCCCGCCGUGCCCUCACCCGCUCAGCCGUGUAUACCCUGAACCUGGCACUGGCCGACCUGCUCUACGCCUGCUCAUUGCCGCUGCUCAUCUACAACUACGCCCAAGGAGACCACUGGCCCUUCGGGGACCUCACCUGCCGCCUGGUACGCUUCCUGUUCUAUGCCAACCUUCACGGGAGCAUCCUGUUCCUCACCUGCAUCAGCUUCCAGCGUUACCUGGGCAUCUGUCAUCCCCUGGCCCCCUGGCACAAGCGUGGGGGUCGCCGGGCCGCCUGGCUGGUGUGCGGGGCCGUGUGGCUGGCCGUGACUGCCCAGUGCCUGCCCACGGCCGUCUUUGCUGCCACGGGCAUGCAACGGAAUCGCACUGUCUGCUACGACCUGAGCCCACCCAUCCUGGCCACCCGCUACCUGCCCUACGGCAUGGCCCUCACGGUCAUCGGCUUCCUGCUGCCCUUCACAGCCUUGCUGGCUUGUUACUGUCGCCUGGCUCGCCGCCUGUGCCGUCGGGAUGGCCCAGCGGGGCCCGUGGCCCAGGAGCGGCGCAGCAAGGCGGCGCGCAUGGCCGUGGUGGUGGCCGCCGUCUUCGCCAUCAGCUUCCUGCCUUUCCACGUCACCAAGACGGCCUACCUGGCCGUGCGCUCCACGCCGGGCGUCUCCUGCCCCGUGCUGGAGGCCUUUGCCGCCGCCUACAAAGGCACGAGGCCCUUCGCCAGUGCCAACAGCGUGCUGGACCCCAUCCUCUUCUACUUCACCCAGAAGAAGUUCCGCCGGCAGCCGCACAAGCUCCUCCGGAAACUCACGGCCAAGUGGCAGCGCCAGGGACGCUGAGGC